UUUGCGGCGCCCGGCGAGCGCCGGGACGCAGCCACCUGCGCUUCGGGGAGACCGGGCGCCGGGUGGGUGUGGAGACUCCACGUUCCCGAUCCCGAGGGUCCGAAUGGACGCGCGCGUCGAACUUUGAGGCCGGAUUCCCAGCACUUGGACCCGGACGUGUAGACGCCGGCGCGCGUGCGUUCCCGAAAAUGCCCAGGGCUCCCGUGCCCUUUGGGAGAGUUGGCGGGGGAGGCGCAGGCAUGGCGCGCGGGUCCCCGCGGAACCUCCCCUGAGCAGGCGGCCAGGGGCACAGGAGCGAAUCCUUGCGGGAACCCCGGAGGCCCGGCCCCCUCUCACUCUCGGCCGCGAGCCGUCCUUUGAGUCGAGCGUCUCCGCGGCCCAUCGCGGGCAGCAGGCGUCCGCCGAGCGGGCCACUUCUCACAGACAAAACUUUGGUCCGCCGCCCUCUCCCGCCGCGUCCCCGCCGCCCCUCCUCCUCCUCCUCUCGCCGCGGCGCGGGCAGGGACAUGGCUGCGGGCUGGGCGGGCGGCGCGGGCGCUUCCCGGCGCAAAGGGGCGCAGCGCGCGUAGCCGCCGCCACGCCGCCUUCCCACUCCGGCCGGCGGAGGCGCUGAACCCCAUCGGCGAGCGAAGGCCGACGUCCAGCGGGGUCGAAGGCGGCGGCGGCGACGGGGCCCCGGGGGUCCGCAUGGCCCCUCCCCGCCCGUUGGCGCCCAGCGCCCGGGAGCUCGCCCGCGCUGCCUCGGGCUCGCAGGGGCUCUGAGCCGCCCGCGGGGAUCGACCUCGCAGUCCCGCAGAGCCGCGGACAGCAACCCCGGGAGCAGGCGGCGGCGGCGGCGACUCCCAGAGGGCGAUGUGGCCGACCGGCGCGGGCACCAAGCUGCCCUGUCCCCGGGACUCCGCGCUGCGGAGGGCGGCUUUCUCCGGGAACCUCACCGCCCUGCCUUCUCACCUGGUGCCCGCCGGUCGCAGCGUCCGGGUCUUCAUCAGCGCCAACCCUGAAGACACAGGAGCAGAAAGACAAGCACUGAAAGAAAAUGUGUAUCCUAAAUUGAGAGAAUUCUGCAGAGAAAACUAUGGAUUGGAAUUUCAGGUCAUAGAUCUGUAUUGGGGAGUUGAUGAAGAUGAAUGGGACAGCCCAGAGCUCCAGAAGACCCGGAUGAAGCUGCUGGAGGAUUGUUUGAAAACUUCUGCAGGUCCAUGUUUUGUUGGACUAUUAGGUGAAAAAUAUGGGAACAUCCGAAUCCCAGGAGAAGUUGAAGCCUCAGAGUUUGAAAUGAUUUUGGAUGCUGCCAUUGAGGCGAAGCUGGACACUAAGUUACUGGAAGAGUGGUACUGCCGAGAUGAGAACUCGGUGCCAGCAGCUUAUUACCUCAGACCCAAAUCAGAAAUGCUGAAGAGCAAUAAAAAUGUGAUGCAUCCUUCUGGUAAUGUUGAGAAUGAAAAUACCUGGCAGGAGGUAUCAGUUGAGAUCAAGAAGCUAUUUAAGGCUGCGGUAAAACUGCUCCAUGAAAAGGGGAAGAUGAAACACAGCCAAGCUAAGAGGUACCUGUUCUCAGCCAUAGAGGAUGAGUUUGAUUUUGCUCUGGGAAAGCAAACUCCAGCCUUCCUAAAGAAGUGUGUGUGCUACAUUAGGAAAAUUGCUAACAUUGAGCGCUUUGUGAAAAUCCCAGAGAUGGGAAAAUACAUGGAUAUCACUGGAACAGACCCAAGGAUUAUUCGGGAUCCAGAAGCCCAAGAGAAGCUGAUAAAACUCAGGGAUGAAUUUAUUCCUACUGUUGUCGCAUCAUCUAAUCUGAGAGUGUACACAUCUGUUACUCAUUGUGACAUGAAGCUGGGCUAUUCCCAGGAAAUAGAAAACCAUUACAUAGAAGGACUCGGUAAACAAUUUUAUGAGGACAUGAUUGAUAUAAUUCAGGCAACGGUACAACAGAACUUUGACACUGAAACGGAUACACUCUAUGACGAAAUCCUUCAGCACUCUUCAUUGUGUAAAACAUAUGCCUCCUUCUACGAGUACAAAUGUGAAUCUCUAAACAUAAUACAUAAGUACAUUCUUCCUAGCAAAACUGGGCAUAUCAACCCUCUUAUUAUAUAUGGUGGACCAUGCACUGGGAAGACCCUUCUGCUAGCUGAAGUGGCAAAGAAGGCUUAUGGCUGGCUACAUGAAGAUACAGGCCCAGAAUCUGACCCAGUAGUAGUUGUAAGAUUCCUAGGAACUACAGAUAUGAGUACAGACCUUAGGACUCUCCUCCUAAGUGUUUGUGAACAACUGGCAGUAAACUAUCGGUGUCCAGUUCAGAGCUACCCUAAGAAGAUCCAUGACCUCCGAGACUUGUUCAUAAACCUUUUGAAUGAGUCUUCACUGCAGAGGCCUCUAGUAAUAAUAUUCGAUGCCCUGGAGCAGCUAUCAGAAGGGGAUGAGGCCAGAAAGCUUUGGUGGCUCCCUGCUCACCUUCCUCGCUUCGUUCGGAUCGUCCUUUCUACACUGCCCAACAAACAUGGAAUCCUGCAGAAACUAAGGUGCCUUAUCCACGAAGAAGACAACUACAUCGAGCUGAUUCCCCGAGACAGGAAGAUGUGCAGCCAGGUCCUCAAACACCAGCUGUUGCGGGUGAAAAGGAAGGUCACUUCAGGCCAGCAGAUCUAUGUGAACAAUGCGUUAUCCAAGUGCACGCUGCCGAUGUUUGUGAACCUGACCUUCAGGGAGGUGAGACACUGGCGAUCUCACAAAGACGUCAAUGAAUCCUCCCUCUGUGUCACUGUUCACGAGAGUAUUGAGCAGCUCUUCUGGUCCCUGGAGAAGAAGUGCGGUCAGAAACUGGUCUCCAGGGCUCUUGGCUACAUCACCAUGGCCAAAAUGGGAUUAAGUGAGAUGGAACUGGAAGAUGUGCUGGCCCUCGACAACACGGUUAUGAAUGAGCUCAAUGAGAACACCAGGCCCGACAAUCCACUGAGGGUACCGUACUUGUACAUCGCGAGGCUCAAAGAGGGUCUCAGUGGAUACUUAAUUGAAAGGCACGUGAAGAAUGUCACCCUCCUGGUCUGGGCCAACAGACACCUGCAACUCAUAGCCCAGAAGUUGUAUCUGCAGGAUGACAAAGGUUUGCGUGAAAUGCACACCAUCCUGGCGGAUUAUUUUCUGGGUGUCUGGUCGGGGGGCAGGAGGAAAGCUUUCUGCCUUGAGGACCCCUAUUUGAAUGGCUGCCUCGACUUGGAGAACAGAAGCCUUCUGGAGGAAGAAAAGCACUUCAUGGAGCAGGCUUCCUUUGACAGGCAGGCUCCGGACCAGCCCUGGGUUUUCCAGUGUAAUCCCCUGGAACCUGACAUCUUUUUCGUCAAUCAUCGGAAAAUGUCUGAGCUCUUGUACCAUCUGACAAGGUGUGGGAAGACCGAUGACCUGCUUUAUGGCAUCAUCAUGAACUUCAGCUGGCUGUACACCAUGAUCAAAAUCGGCCAGUUUGACAAAGUGCUGUCAGACAUCGAGUUGGCUUACAGCUAUUCGCAAGAGAAGGAGCUCAAAUUCCUGGGGAGCACCCUCCGCAGCAUCAAAAGCAAGGUCAUUGAAUUCCCUGGCUCCCUUUCAGCAGAGCUUCAGCAAAGACUGUUGCCCGUCAUAAGUUCCCUGCCCAAGCUUAGACAUCUGCUUUUAGAAUGUGACAAAGAUGGGCCCAAGUAUUGCUCCAUUGUGCCACUGCAUUCAUCCAUGGAUGUGACAUACAGCCCUGAGCGACUUCCCUUGUCAUCUAGCCAUCUGCACGUCACUGAGAUUCUGCCCACCUGUAACCCCAGUACUGUCCUCACAGCUUUAGAAAAUGGUUCCAUCAGCACAUGGGAUGUGGAAACUCGUCAACUACUCAGGCAAAUCACGACAGCCCAGUCUGUCAUCCUGGGCAUGAAACUCACUAGUGACGAAAAGUAUCUGGUCGUGGCUACGACCAACAACACUUUGUUGAUUUAUGACAAUGUAAAUUCUUGUCUUCUGUCUGAAGUGGAAAUCAAAGGGACCAAACAUGGAAGUGGCUCCACCUACAUCAAUGGAUUCACGCUGUCUGUCAACCACGCCCUGGCCUGGCUUGAAGCCAGCAGAGAUGUCACUGUCAUCGAUCUGCUGUACGGGUGGCCCCUUUACCAGUUCCACUGCUGGUAUGAAGUAACCUGUGUCCAGUGCUCUCUGGACGGUGCAUAUGCCUUCUGUGGGCAGUACCUGAACACUACCACCAUAUUUCGCUUAGGGAGUGGAGAAAAGUUAUGCACAGUGACAUGUGAAUUUUCAGGUGGAUUCGUGAAGUUUCUUCUCAUCUUAGACACAGCCCAAGAAAUGGUCAUGGUAGACAGUGAGGGCAGUCUCUCCAUUUGGAAUACCGAGGACAUUUCCAACCCACAGCUGACAGAUGACUUUGACUGCCAAAGAGAAGACAGCGAGGUCGUCAGCAUUGAAAUGUCAGAGGACCAAAGUGCAAUUCUGAUCUGUAAAGCCCUCAGCAUUGAGCUCUUAGAUACCAGCAUGUGGAAGGUGGCUGAGAAAUUCAGAGCCAAGCACAACGAACGCUUUAUAUCUGCUGUGCUAUCCAAAAAUGGAGACUGUAUCAUUGCAACCAUGGAAAAUACCUCAGCUGUGUUUUUUUGGAGACGGGACACGGGCCAGUGUAUGGCAAGUUUACAAGAAAUCUCAGGUACCAUAGUUAAGUUGGUGAAAUCUAGUCACCACAAUAUGCUGCUCUCUUUAUCGACCAGCGGUGUUCUUUCCAUUUGGGACAUAGAUAUAAUCACAGCUAUGUCCAAUAUAGAUAAGACUGGAAAACCCAUCCAAAGUCUGGUGUUACCUGCCAGAGGGGAAAUCAUCUACUCCCUUGAUGGUUCAGAUUGUGUUCACAAGUGGAACUUCAGCAAUGGCUUCAUUGAAGCAGUGUUUAAGCAUGAGGGGAUAGUUGAACACUGCGUAUUGACGUCCUCGGGGGACCUGAUGGUGACAUCUGAUGACAAGAGCAGCCAGUACGUCUGGCACACCAGCAGUGGUGAAAACCUCUUUCGAAUUAAUGGGCAGAGGAUCUCCCAGCUACUGAUCACACACAAUGACCAGUUUGUGGUCUCUCUCUGUGAGGAAAAUGCCUCCAGGGUCUGGAGACUGGCCACCGGGCACAGGGUGUGCAAUAUUCUGACCACGCUGCAGAACGCCUUCAUCACCUCUGCAAAUACCUUUGUGGUGGGAAUGACCAAAAGUAAAGUGCUGGCAGUCAGUCUGUGGACAGGAAGCAUCACCAAGAAAUUCUGCUGCGAAGAUGGUACCACCAUUGUGAAUUUCAAGUUGAUCCCUGACUGUCCUGACAUAAUCGUGUUUAUCACAUCAGCUGAGAUGGUGAACAUCUGGAGUCUGACAGAUGAAGUCAUCUGUCGCCGUGUGCAACUCCCAAACAACUUCUUGAAAAACCUAGAGGAAUUUGAAAUUUCUCCCAAUGGAAAGUUAGGCAUUAUAUCCAGGGGAGACGAAAAUAUCAACAUUCUGGAUUUACACAGUGGGAAAUUGCGGGUGGUUCACGCCUCUGGGGUCAUCUGGCGACAGAGACUGUCCCGAGAUGGCCGCUACCUGGUCUACAUUUGUUUCCAAAAUGGAGAGGAAGAGGAUGAAAAUGGUGCAAUAUCCAGUUUAAUCGUAAUGAGGUUAGCUGAUGGCAAAAAUAUCGGUGCUUGUUCCCUUUACAAAACACCAACUUUCCUUGCUCUCUCCCAGAGGCACCUGAACAUCAUUGUGGGUUUUGACGAUGGGAGCAUAGGGAUAUACACAGUGGUAGAUCGUGUAGAUGCUGCACUGAAAAUUAAGAUCGCCACUUCAAACAGCAGGCAGAUUUUCAAUAACGCAACACAGGCAUCCAGGCCAAAGUGUAGUAGUUACUGUUUUAAAGUGUCUGUGGAUUGCUUAUGGAGAGAGUCUACUGAGGUCUUUGCAAGAGACAGUCCCAUCACAGUGAGUGACUCAGCUGAUUCCAGUGAAGCUACACCCUCCAAGAAACACAAUUCUUGCUAUGACCGGAUGUGCUCUGUCCUGGAGUCCAGGAGCCACAGCUAUGCGCCUGACAACUGAGAAAUUUGUAUCGUACUCAAUGAAAAAACACCACACACACACACACACACACACACACACACACACACACACACACAUCUUCUGUAUCCAAAUGACAAACUAUACAUUUCCUAAAAGACAGGAAAGAUGCUGGGGUUCCGUUGUUAAAUUAUUAUGUUUGUGAUGUGUGUGACAAUGUGAAACUGGUUUUGAUUGUGGUCUUUUGGUCACAAAGUUUACUUGGGAAUGAACUCUUGAGUAUGAAUUUCUAGAACUCAUAUUUAAAUGGUUACUUCACUGGAAAGUCAGAAGAUGACUUUAAAAUGAGCAGUGUGGGAAUAAGCAGUAUAAUCCAAUCCAUUGGUCCAGAUAAGAGUGGUAGGAGCCCGCUAUAGACCGUUUGGACUGGAAUGAGUUCUACAGAAAUGAACACAAAGUUGUUUCACUUCAGAUGAUUAUGUGGCCAUAAGUAAACACAGCCUUAAUCUCUCCCUGACAACUGUGUAAACCCAGUCUGCAUAUGGAAGGUCUAAAUGUGCAAAAUAAUGUUAACAAAAAAAUGCCCAGAUUUCCUUCUGGUUUCCGAAGGGCAUAAAAUGUGAGGCCAUGAAUUGGACUGGGGCAAGGACUAUCACCAUCAUAGGGCUACUGAACACACAGAUUCCAUCUUCAUUAAAACACAGCUGGGACAUCUGCAUGCAAGGGUUUCUGUAUAACGAAACAAAUGAUUUUCAAACUAUUUCCUGAGCUGCAAAAGAAACUAAUAAGAAACCUCAAUCUUUUCAUGUCUUCUUGAAAUGCCUAUGUGUGCUGGGUGUGACGGUGAAUUACAGAAAGGGCAUUACAAGUUUGGGCAAAACACCUGUUCAUUGCUAUCAUUGUACUAACAAAGGUCUGUGCUACUCAGUCAGAUGUAUAGAAGCAUAAAUUAUUUCCUAAACCACUGCAGUAAAUCUUAGCAGAAAGAAAGCUUCCUUGACAUGCCACCUAUGAAAACUGAUGGCAUUUGCCUUACUCUCAUUUCUCCUGUUUCCUGUGCUAAAUGCAGAUAGAUGACCAAAUACUCUGGGAAAAACUGAAUAUGCCUGUCUUUGUGCUAAAAAUAUUCCAUAAAUCUUGAGGGUGUUCAAAGGUUCUUUAUUGCCCCUAUUUGUAAUCACUUUCUUACUACUAUACACUGUAUGUAUGCUUCUUUAUCUGUUACACUUCCUGCUCAAGGACUCUUCGGAGCCUUUUUUUAUAGUCACAUCUGUUUCAAAGCAAAAGCAGUGAAAUGGCAGUAAUUUUUUUUUUUAACUAUUUCACCUAUUUAAAAAGAAAACAUCACAUCCCAAAUUCCACAGUCUGCACAUGGCACAUCUUUGGACAGCUUUCCAAAUGGUGCUGGUAUUAGUUGGUUUGAUAGGCAACCUAUACCAGUAGUUUGUAGGUUUAGUUUUAUUUGAAAGUGGCUUGAGUAGACAGAAUAAUGAACAGUGUUAAUUACUGCAACUGGCCUGCUUUCAGUCCACCUCUGCCAUGAACUCAUCACAAAAUCUUUGGACAUAUCUCUAAUGUUUCCAGUGUGUUGUUUUUGUAAACUGCAAAAUAAAGACAAUUGUGAAUUCUCUAACCCUCAAAGAGAUGUUAGGGAGCAAUCUAAACAAACAAACAAACAAAACACACACACACACACAACCUGUUGACUAUCCAUGCUAAUGGGAGAGACAAAACGAUUCAAUGCACGGACUCUCAAUUGUAUUUUAUUUUAAAAAACAGUUUGACGUGUGUCUAAGCAUUCAAAAAUGUGACUCAAAUAUAUACACAUAUACACCCCACUUCAUGAGGAAAGACUUUUUCUCCUAUAACUUCCUCUUGUCCCAACCCACCACAGUUCACCUGAAGUUUAUUGUGUGAGUCAGUGCUUUUGUAGUUCUUUGGGAGGUAACAUUCUUACUCUUGUCAUGAUCAGUCAGACCUCCAUGCCACACAUUUCUAAACAUUAAAUGCCUAGAUGGACUAAAUGUAGUGUGUGAAUGUUCAAUGUUAAAGCCAAUAGAGUUUAUUUAACAAGUGACUUGAAUGAUUUUUUUCCUAACUUGUUUGCAGCUGAUAGCUCAUUAUUGAAUGUUUUUAUGUAAACUUUGUAUUGUUGGGAAGAAUUACCCAAUCAGAGAUUUAUAUUUUCAUAAAUGUUACAUUGAGUUAAAUUUUGUUACAGAGUUGUUACACUAGAGAAUUUUAUUGCAGUCUUAAGCAAUGGACAGUCUUGUGUAUGUAUUGUUUGUAUGAAUAAAGAUAAACUACUUAGA